AUGCAGGACUACCUGAUGGAGCAUGCCAACCGUCCACUGGCGGAGUUGAUCCGGUUGGGCGUAGCGCAAGGUCCGGAGAAGUCCGGCGACGACCAACUGGUGCGCCGUUGCUCAAGGAACGCGGAGGAUAUCCUGUUUUUGAUGGGCGGCGGCACCGGCGGUCGCAACAGUGCCAUAAUCGACACCACCGGCUACCGGAUUCGCACCCGAAAAGUGGAAAUACCGAAUUAG